AUGAGAUGCAGCACCGAGUGUACGAGCAGCAGCUGCAGCCUCUCCUCUGUACACCAAGACUGCAGCAGACGCCGCAGCACGCCCCUGCAGCAGCAGCAGCAGCAGCAGCAGCAGCAGCAGCAGCGGCAGCAGUGGAUUCAGCUCACAGCCAUCAGCAGCGGCGACAGCAGCAGCAGCAGCAACAGCAGCAGCAGCAACAGCAACACACGGAGUGUACGAGCAGUAGCUGCAGCCUCUCCUCUGUACACCAGGACUGCAGCAGACGCCGCAGCACGCCCCUGCAGCAGCAGCAGCAGCAGCAGCAGCAGUGGAUUCAGCCCACAGCCAUCAGCAGCAGCAACAGCAGCAGCAGCAGCGACAGUACCAACGGCAACAGCAGCAACAGCAACUGCAGCAAUAGCAGCAACACCAGCAGCAACAGCAGCAGCAACAGCAGCAGCAGCAUCAACGCGAGCAGCAGCGACAACAGAAACAACAACAGCAGCAGCAGCAACAACAGCAGCAGCAGCAGCAGCAGCAACAGCAGCAGCAGCAGCAGCAGCAGCAGCAGCAGCAGCAGCAGCAACAGCAGCAGCAGCAGCAGCAGCAGAACAGCAGCAGCAGCAGCAGCAACAGCAGGAACAGCAGCAGCAGCAGCAGCAACAGCAGCAGCAGCAGCAGCAGGAGACGAACAUCUGA